UCAAUUCAUUAUCUUAUCUUGCAGUAUAUUUGCACUAUUUAUACUCUGUCUCAGGACGAGAACGACUAUUACGGUUUCAAGAGGACAUCUUGCACAUCAACAAUCAUGAAGAGCUUCAUUCUCAUUGCACUGUUGUCAACGUUGUCAGUCUGCCUAGGCGCAGCUGUGCAGCGUUCCCAAGCUCCCGUAGACAUAGGAGUUUUGCAACCUGGAGAUUGGGUUAUGUCUAGCGCGGAAACUCGGGCCAACCCACUAGAGGGUUUUAUAACCUCAAUAACUGUGCGAACUCGAUUACAUCCUAAAUACCAGGUGAAUAUGCUGAGGCUCAUCGAUAGAAAUCCAGCCCAAGGAGCUGUAAUUUCAAGCAUAGGAGGGAUUGGAACGAACGAAAUCAGCUUUAUAGUAACAUCUCAGCCCAGUGACGGAUUUCAUAUUAGUUCUCAGCUGUGGGGACAGGACAUAACCGAAGGGACAGGCGAUGUGCGCUCCUUAGAGCCUGCAGAAUGCACAAUGACAGUGGAUAAUGGAAAAACUGUUCAAACUUAUAACUGCAAUGAAAUGAUUCACUGAAGUCAACAGAUUGUUCAAUAAUUAUAUUAUUGGAGUCAACUGAUUGUUUAUCAAUUAUUGGAGUCAAAUAAAUUGUUCAUUCAUUA